UAAAUACCGAUUAUUACUUCAUCCUAUUUCAUCAGUACUUUUUCUACUUUCCUGUUCCUUCUAUUUCUUUAGCUCAAACCACAAAUGGAAAUGCCAGCACAACGGAUGGAAAUACCAGUCCAACAGCUACAAUGAAUAUUACAAGUGCCAAUGGAACAGCUCAAACAGAUGGAAAUACCAGCACAACAAAUGGAAAUAUCAGCCCAACAGCUCAAACCACAAAUGGAAAUGCCAGCACAACAGAUGGAAAUACCAGUCCAACAGCUACAAUGAAUAUUACAAGUGCCAAUGGAACAGCUCAAACAGAUGGAAAUACCAGCACAACAAAUGGAAAUAUCAGCCCAACAGUUCAAACAACAGUUGGAAAUGCAAGCACAACAGCUCAAAUGAAUAUUACAAGUGCCAAUGCAACAGUUGGUCCAGGGUGUUCAGCUCUACCAGUGCUCUGCUGCCCAGGUCACAAUAACAGCUGCUUUAGAGUGGGGUGUUUCUGUGAUGAGUACUGCAUGAUCGCUCGAGAUUGCUGUUCCGACUUUGGUUUAACCUGUGCACAAUUCCUCAAUUCAACAAACAGCAGUACUACUUCUCCACCUCCGACUGCAACCACAGUAAAUGGAACUGUAACGUCUAAUAGGUUUAAUACAUCAACUUCCACAUCUCCAGAUUUUCAGCCUGUGACACUUCACCUAAAAGUCUCUCUAUUAGCCCGUGAUAGAGAAAACAAAGACAGGAUUUCUGAAGCCUUAUCUAACUAUUUAUCUAGCAUCCUUCUCCAGCAGAGCUGUGAAAACUGCAUGACGAUCAAAAAAAUCAAAUUCAACUAAGCUCACAGGAACAGACCAGUAUAAAGUUAGCCAUCAGAAGUUCUCUUAGCCUUUUGUAUACAUUUAUCUUUUACUGGAGGCAGAUUUUAAUGUAACCUUUUAGGGGCUAUCUUUUUUCUUUUCCAAAAACUGAUACUUAUCCUGUUUCUGUAAAUCCAGACGGAAAAUAUACUACAAUAAACUAUUGAACAAUUGUGGUUGUUUAA